AGCUCCACUAAAUCUUGAUGCCAUUAUUGCUAAUUAUUGCUUUAAAAAAUAUUAAUGAUUUACAAUAAAAUAAAAGAACAAUUAAACCAAGAAAUAAUCUAUGUACAAACGUAUGUUUUGAUAAUAGAAAACUGCAUUGGUAAAAUGGACUACAACUUUACCAAGAUUCAGCUGUUAAUGUAAUUAAUUAUUGUACAUACACACAAUUCUUUGCUCGUUCACUCUUUGGGCGAGUCAGGGUGAGUCACACCAUGUGCAGUGCGCAUGGUUUGUUUGGUAAGUUGUUAUGAAUUAGACAAUAGAGUAGCCCACUAAGUACAUUGUUAUUUUGCCCUUUUGUACUCAUCAUAUUCCAUCCCAAACAUAUUUUAAGCAUCAUUUUACUCAAGUAACAGUUUGUAUUUCUCGUCACUAAUCAACAAUAUUAAAAAUAUUUACAUUUAACAUGACUGAGGUCAAAAAGGACGAUGUUGUCAAAAUUCUUCACACUUACCCAUUAUGUAGAAAAUGUGAUAUGUCGGAUGAAAUGAAACAAGAAGUUAUGGAGUUAUGUGUCACAGCAGCAGAGAAAUAUGCUGACAACUACGAAAGCGUAUCGCGAAUGAUUAAAGAGACGAUGGAUAAGAAAUUUGGAGCUUCUUGGCACACUGUUGUUGGCGAAGGAUAUGGUUUUGAAAUUACUUAUCAGCUAAAACAUUUAUUAUAUAUGUACUGUGCAGGAAAUCUAGCUAUUUGUAUAUGGAAAUCUGCAUAACUUGAACAUUUAUUAUGGCAAUUGAGUGCAAAUGUGUUUUCAGUAUUAUUUGUACCAUUCAGUAUUUUAUUUUAUAAUGAGUAUUUGCAUGUUAAUCAUGAAUGUAUAUUAUACAUGAUGUUUGUGACAACAUAUAGAUAUAAAUAUACUAUUUUAUUUGCCGAUGUGAUAAUACUUACCAAAGAUUAAUGCAACUAUCAUCGAGCAUAAGAAUACAGUCAUUUGGAGAAAUUGCUCAGGAUUUUAUAAAAUAUAUAAUGAUCUUUAUUAAUACAUAAAUGAAUAUAAAUAUUAUAAAUGUACAGUAAUAUGUAUUUAAUGCAUUAAUAAAUUAUCUUUUA